AUGUCCUCGCGCGAGACGCUAGUGGUAGGUGGACUAGAGGCGAGCGGGUCGUACCUCCGGUCGGUUGGCAAAUGGCGCGACGGUGGAAGAGCGCGCUGGCUUGAUAGUGGACAGCUGGCUCCCCAUCAAAGAGCAGAGUUGAGCAGAGCCCGAGCACGUGGCAACGCGACGACAAGUGCACCAUCGUCCGGCCACGCACGGGGCAUGUGUGUGUGUGAUCUGCGACCAUUGCGCCGUCUACCCCCUCCCCCUGCAUAG